GCGCCAGGCAGCCCGGAGGAGGCGCUGCGGGCCAGCGGCCCGGGCUCGGCUGGCGGCGGGACGGCAGGAGACGCGGAGAGAGGGAGGGCACGAGAGAUCCUGCCUGCACCCCUGGCCCGCUCUGCUAAUCUUGCUUAUCCUCGGAAGGGAGGCGUUCUGAAUGCUGGCUUCUUAAAUUUGACCUUCCCUUCUGACUGAGGACCACUGGACUUUGAAGGAACUCUCUGCUCUUCAUUUCCAUAUUGAUUAGUCAACAGUGGAAAAUCUGAAGAGAUGCGAGCUGGAAAAAGAAACUAAACCAGGCCUGAAGAGCGAUGCGACAGGCAUGAUGGAGGUCGAGUCCUCCUACUCAGACUUCAUCUCCUGUGACCGGACGGGCCGCCGGAACGCAGUCCCUGACAUCCAGGGAGACUCCGAGGCCGUAAGCGUACGGAAGCUGGCUGGCGACAUGGGCGAGCUGGCCCUCGAGGGCGCAGAAGGACAGGCGGAGGUGGGCACCCCAGACAAGGAAGGUAGCAACCAGCCCAAGAGCAGCGAUGGGACCACCUCAUCUUGAACAUGACCUUGCCCGAGGAGGCUGGAAGAGAGACGCGCCGUGGACGGAAAGCCCUGGCACUGGCCCAGCAACCUUUCCUCUGAGCAGUGUGUUCCAGGCAAAGCAGGCCAGACUGAAAGGCAGCCCCAGAGGCUCCUGUGGCCCCUACCCUGGGAAGGCCCUCUGCCCCCACCCCCCGGCUCCGCGCUCCACCUCCUCACUUGCCCGGGUACACUUUCAAGACGCUGUAGCCACAGGAUGUUAUUUAUUCAGCAGGUGCUGGGACUCGGGGGCUGGGUCCUGCCACCUGGGUGGACAGCCUGGGCAGGGACCGCAUUCUAGCUGUGCCCCCUCUUCUCCAGCCCAGCCAGCCUUCUGUGUCAGGACCUUCUUACCCCUUUUUUAAGAAGCACUUUUAAACUUUUUAGAAACUUUAAACCUUUUCUCAGCAGAGAGGGAGGGAGCUGACAAUUCACCUUUUAUUUUGGAAGCCACUGUAAGUUAAACUCUUUGACCAUCUAUGCAGCUCUGAGGUUCCCUCAUGGAGCUUCACAGAUCCAUUUUUAGGGAAGGGAUCUUGUGCUCAAAACUCUCUGAUUAACUCUUUGCCCUUUCUACCAACAUAAGUGACACCUAGGACCCAGGAAAUAAAUGCUGAUGAUUUGUGUGA